AUGAGAAAUAGUCUAACAAGUUGCAAGUUACAUUUGGUAGACUUGGCAGGAUCUGAAAGAGCAAAUAAAACAAAAGCAACUGGUAAUCGCUUCCGAGAAAGUGUAAAAAUUAAUAAAGGAUUGUUAGCUCUGGGUAAUGUCAUAUCAAGAUUGGGCGAGGGCUGUACGGGUUUCAUAGGUUAUCGUGACAGCAAAUUAACAAGACUACUUCAAGAUCUACACCUGCUCAAACGAUUUUUGAAAAAAUUUCAGAUGGCUGAUUCUGCUGUUAGUGUACAGGUGGCUUUAAGGAUAAGGCCUUUAGUCAAAUCCGAAAUUUCUAAAGGAUAUGUUAAAUGCCUCGAAACAGUGCCAAAUAAACCUCAAGUUUUAAUAAAAAAUCUUUCUUUUACUUACAACCAUGUAUUUCCACCAGAAGUUUCGCAAGCUGAAUUUUAUGACACUGCUGUUAAGGGUUUAGUUUAUGGAUUGUUUAAGGGCUACAAUGUGACAAUAUUAGCUUAUGGUCAGACUGGCUCCGGAAAAACUCAUUCCAUGGGCAUGGCUUAUUCAGUUGGACCAGUCGAGGAGAUGGGUGUUAUACCAAGAGCAGUAUCAUUUAUGGAAUUAUAUCAAGAACAAUUAUUUGAUCUUUUAUCAAAAUCAAAUAGAGAUCAAAGUAUAGUUGAUAUCAGAGAAGAUCAACAAAAAAGAAUUGUAAUUCCUGGAUUAACCGAAAUUGAAGUACGUAAUGCAAAAGAUACAUUAGAUUGUUUAGUUAGAGGAUAUCGUCGCAGAGCUGUAGGUGCAACUGCAAUGAACAGUCAAUCCAGUAGAAGUCAUGCAAUAUUCACUAUCCAUAUACUACAGCGAAAAAUCAGCGAUAA